CCUGGUGCCUCUGUGAGAAAGUCCCACUGCAAGAGGCCCCUUAGGCAUUAUCAUUUCCCUCUUUCAGCCUGUCUAGGUUGUCAGCAAAUCCCAGGAGCUUUCGGAGACCGAACCUGGGCCCAAGGGUCCCUGCAACCCGGGAAAGAUGAAGAAUUCCUACAUCGCCAUAGUGAGGCUGCUGCUGUCUGGGCCCUUUUUCUUUGCUCCGGCCUCAAGCUACAACUUGGACACACAGAACGUGCAGUACUUCUCCAUCCCUCAAGCCGGGAAGCACUUUGGGUACCGCGUCCUGCAGGUUGGAAAUGGGGUUAUUGUGGGAGCUCCAGGUGAGGGGAACAGCACAGGAAGCCUCUAUCAGUGCCAGCCAGGCACUGGACACUGCCUGCCAGUCAGUCUGAGAGGUUCCAACUAUACUUCCAAGUACUUGGGAAUGACCUUGGUGACAGACCCCUCAGGUGGAAGCCUUUUGGCCUGUGACCCUGGGCUGUCUCGGACAUGUGACCAGAAUACCUAUCUGAGUGGCCUGUGUUACCUUUUUCCCCAGAAUCUGGGGGGACCUGUACUGCAAGGGCAUCCUGGUUAUCAGGAAUGUAUAAAAGGCAAUGUAGACUUGGUGUUCCUAUUUGAUGGCUCAAUGAGCUUGCAACAGGACGAAUUUCAGAAAAUCGUGGACUUCAUGAAGGAUGUGAUGAAGAAACUCAGCAACUCUUCCUACCAGUUUGCUGCUGUUCAAUUUUCCACAAAUUACAGAACAGAAUUUAAUUUCUUGGAUUAUGUGAGACUGAAGGACCCUGAUGUUUUAUUAGCCAACGUGAAACACAUGUGUGAAUUGACCAACACCUUUGGUGCCAUCAGAUAUGUCAUGACACAGGUGUUCCAGAAAGAGCAGGGGGCCCGGCCAGAUGCCACCAGAGUACUCAUCAUCAUCACUGACGGGGAGGCUACCGACCAUGGCAACAUUGACAUGGCCAAAGACAUCAUCCGCUAUGUCAUUGGGAUUGGAAGGCACUUCCAGACCAAGAAAAGUCAGGAGACCCUCCACAAAUUUGCCUCAAAACCCACAGAGGAGUUUGUAAAGAUUUUGGACACUUUUGAGAAACUCAGAGACCUAUUCACUGAGCUGCAAAAGAAGAUCUAUGACAUCGAGGGCACAAACAAACAGGACCUGACAUCCUUCGACAUGGAGCUGUCCUCCAGUGGGAUCAGUGCAGACCUCAGCAAGGGCCAUGCAGUUGUGGGGGCAGUUGGAGCCAAGGACUGGGCUGGAGGCUUUCUAGACCUGAAGGCUGACUUGCAGGAUGACACAUUUGUUGGAAAUGAACCAUUGACACCAGAAGUGAGAGCAGGAUAUUUGGGUUACACUGUGACCUGGCUGCCCUCCCUGGGCCCCACAUCACUGCUGGCUGCUGGAGCCCCCCGAUACCAGCAUGUGGGGCGAGUACUACUGUUUGAAGAAUCAAAGGACAGAGGACGCUGGAACCAGGUCCAGAAAAUAAAUGGGACCCAGAUCGGCUCUUAUUUUGGUGGAGAGCUAUGUGGCAUUGACAUAAACCAAGAUGGGGAGACAGAGCUGCUGCUGAUUGGAGCCCCCCUGUUUUAUGGGGAGCAGAGAGGAGGCCGGGUGUUUAUCUACCAGAGAAAACAGCUGGGAUUCGAAAUGGCCUCAGAACUUCAUGGAGAUGCUGGUUACCCACUUGGGCGGUUUGGAGCCACCAUCGCUGCCUUAACAGACAUUAAUGGGGAUGGGCUGAUGGAUGUGGCUGUGGGAGCCCCUCUGGAGGAGCAGGGGGCUAUUUACAUCUUCAAUGGGAGGAACGGUGGACUCAGCUCCUGGCCGAGUCAGCGAAUAGCAGGGACCCAGAUGUUCUCAGGAAUUCGUUGGUUUGGACGUUCCAUUCAUGGGGUCAAGGACCUUGGAGAAGAUGGCUUGGCAGAUGUGGUUGUGGGAGCUGAGGGCCAGGUGAUUGUGCUGCGCUCCCGGCCUGUGGUGGAUAUUGUCACUCUGAUGUCCUUCUCUCCUGCUGAGAUCCCAGUGCAUGAGGUGGAGUGUUCUUACUCAGCAAGUCACGAGAAGAAGGAAGGUGUUAACCUCACAGUCUGCUUCCAGCUCAAGUCUCUCAUCCCCAGCUUUCAGGGUCACCUGGUUGCCAAUCUCACCUACACUCUGCAGCUGGAUGGCCAUAGGACCAGGAGCCGGGGGUUGUUCCCUGGAGGGAAACCUGAACUCACUGGGAACACAGCAGUUACCCUGGUCAGGACCUGCACGGAGUUCUGGUUUCAUUUCCCGGUCUGCAUUCAAGACCUCAUCUCUCCCAUCAACGUCUCCCUGAAUUUCUCUCUUUGGGAAGAAGAAGGGACAUCAAGGGAUCAAAGGAUGCAGGACAAGGACACUCGGCCCAUCCUGAGACCAGCCCCACACUCUGAGACCAAGGAGAUCCCUUUUGAGAAAAACUGCGGAGAGGACAAGAAGUGCGAGGCAAACCUGGUGCUGUCCUCCCCUGACAGAUCCCCAGUCCUGCGUCUGACCCCUUCUGCCAACCUGGCUGUGGAGUGGACACUGAGUAACUCAGGAGAAGAUGCUUACUGGGUCCAGCUGAACCUGAGCUUCCCCAGGGGGCUCUCCUUCCGAAAGGUGGAGAUGCUCAAGCCGCACAGCCAGAUACCUGUGAGUUGUGAGGAGCUUCCUGGGGAAUCCAGACUCCUGACCAGGACCCUCUUGUGCAACGUGAGCUCUCCCAUCUUCAAAGCAGGUAGCUCGGUUGGUAUCCAGGUGAUGUUUAAUACGCUGCUGAACAGCUCCUGGGAGGACUUUGUCGAGCUGCGUGCCACUGUGAACUGUGAGAAUGAGGACUCCGGCCUCCUGGAGGACAACUCAGCCACCACCAGCAUCCCUGUCCUGUACCCCAUCAAUGUGCUCAUCAAGGACCAGGAAAACUCCACACUCUAUGUCAGUUUCACCCCCAAAGGUCCCAAGAUUCACCAAGUCAAGCACAUCUACCAGGUGAGGAUUCAGCCUUCCGUCCAUGAUCACAACAUGCCCGCCCUGGAGGCCUUGGUUGGGGUGCCACAUCCUUACAGCGAGGGGCUCAUCACACACAUGUGGCAUGUGCAGAUGGAACCUCCUGUCACCUGCCAUCGUGAGGAACUGAGAAGGUUGCCCAGUGCAGCUGAGCCUUGUCUCCCAGGAGUCCAGUUCCACUGCCCAAUUGUCUUCAGGCAGGAGAUCAUCGUCCAAGUGACCGGAACCGUGGAGCUGGUGGGAGAGAUUGAGGCCUCCUCCAUGUUCAGCCUCUGCAGUUCGCUCUCCAUCUCUUUCAAUAGCAGCAAGCACUUCCAUCUGUAUGGCAGCAACGCCUCCAUGGCCCAGGUCCUCAUGAAGGUUGACGUGGUGUAUGAGAAGGAGAUGCUCUAUCUUUAUGUGCUGAGUGGCAUCGGAGGGCUGCUACUAUUGCUGCUGAUUUUCCUAGCACUGUACAAGGUUGGCUUCUUCAAACGGAACCUGAAGGAGAAGAUGGAAGCUGAUGGCAAUGUCCCAAAUGGAAUCGCUGGAGAAGACUCUGGGCCUCUGGCAGCAUCUGAGGAAAAGGCCAAAGAUCUGGAUUGUUUAGAGCCCCUCCAGGGAGAGGGGACCCAGGAUGGAGGUGACAAGGACUGAAGUCCAGGCCUGGUGCACAGAGGAUCCAGAACUGGACUUGAGAUGCCUGCGGCUGGCCAGCCUCUGCCUGCAUUGCACUGUGUGUCCUGGGGCAAAUCAGUGCUCUUCUAGGCCUCGGUUUCCUGGUUGUGCACAUGGAUCUCAUUCCUGCCUGCCUCUUCUGCAGGUUCAUGGUGAGAAUCUACAGAGGUGAGACCUUUUGGUUAUCAGAUGGUCCUGGCUCCCAUCAGCCUCUCUUGGUUUUCUCCCCUGGAAGAGAAUAUUUGAUUUAAAUUGAAAUUUAAAUUUGAACCUGUCUCAGAACCUAGUAAUCCUCUGGCCUUCACAUCUGCCCUUGGAUGUCCAGAGGCCUCAGAUUCAGAACCUGCCCCUGUACACUUUCUUGCCUAGUGUCCAGUCCCCCCAUUCUGUUGCCAGAGAGCAAAUCUGAUCCUUGUAACUGUAUUGCUAUAGCAAAUGCCAAAGACCAAAUUCCCUAAGAAGACUUCCAAGGUCUUGUAGAAAUGGGUACCAGCAGCUCUGGAGAUGUCCCACCUUGCUUUCUAGACUCCUCUUAUUCUAACCUUCCUUGGCUGCCAAGCUCCUUCCUCUCCUCUGCAUUGGCCCAGAUAGCCCCCUUUGCCUGGAAUAUUCCUGCCUCCUCUUCUUUCCUGGUUCACCUUCACUCAGGCUUCAGAUCUCUGCACAUUUGUCAUUUCCUCAGGGCAGUCCCUGUCCUGGCUCAAUCCAGCUCUCCAUUGCAUACACUUACACAAGCCUGAACUUGUUCCUUGUCCCCCAGUUUGUAUGUGUUCACUGCUUAAUGAUUUAUUUAAUUUCCGUCUCUCAAACAGGGAACUCCAUGAAUGUAGGGAGUGCAUACCUAUCCCGUUCAACUUAGGAUCACUAGUGCUAUCUCAGGGUAGGGCACAUAGCAGGUAUUUGACACAAUUUCAUUAAAUUCAUGAUAGAACCCAUGGAAAGAUACAGAAAAAGUUUAGACAGGUCCCUGGGAACCCCAUCCUUCAAAGCUCAGUCUUCACGGGCUCUGUCCCUCCCCUGGUUCACAGCACCUCCCAGGCUCCUUUGCACCCUGAUCAGAAGGAGGUCAAGCUCAAAAUGGAACGGGUUCACCUGCAGCCUCAGCACCAAGCACAGUGCCUACACAUACUUAUCCAAUAAAUGUGAGAUUCAGUCCAAUUUUGUGACGUUUUUGUGAUGGUGCAACAUUCCAGACUGACUCAAUUAAAUAAACAUUCCCCUUUCAACUUAAGAGGUUGUGAUUUCUCCCUAAGAAGAACUGAAAUGGUCAUCUCUGCUUCUUCCUUUUUUUCCCCUUUUUUCUUUCUUUCUUUCUUUUUUUUUUUUUUUU